AUGCCUCAGCCCCACAGAGCACCGAAACACGCCCCGCCCCCCGGCACCAAGCCCCGGCGACCGGCCGCAACACCCAAUGCACCCAAUGCGACCGCACCACUCAGGAAAAACACACAGGCGGCCCCGCCCACAGCCGGGGCCCACGCUUCCGCAGCGAACCGGCCGCGAGCGCCGCGGGACCCCCCCCAGGCCAAAAGCGCGGCCCCACCCCACCAAGACCGAUGCCAGCAGCGCGCAACGCAACACAUGGCGCACAGAAUCAACCCAAGAGCAGAAAAGCCGCCCGGCGCCCAACCGCAAGAAGAGCAGACCGCAGCCGGCGCAAUCACCCCCCCCCCAGCAGCCCGCGGGCAGCACAUAGCCAGAGGGGAGCGGCGUGGUUCGCUCCCCACCAGACGAAGCCAGAGCAGCACAGCCGCAUCCGCCGCCCGCACCAGCCCCCGACACGCGGCCGGAGCGGCUCCGCCGCCCCGGCCCCCUAACGCACGCCGGCCAAAGCCACCCCACCCGCCCCGCAGCCACACCCGUCGCGAUCAGCGGGAAGAAAGCAGCUCCACCAUGCCUCCUAGAGGGAAAACCCACCCAAAUACCCAAUCAGCGCAGCCAGCCCAUCCACACUGGCCCCCCUACACCACCCCCGCCGGAGCCGCCCAGACCCCCACACACCAGCGGCGCGCCGCCAGCAGGACCCCCACCCAACAGGGCUACCCGCCCCCCGAGGAAACAGACAUGCCAAUCCCCCCCCCAAAAAACACAAACAAAAAAAACACGAGAUCUGAGGCCCCAGGGGCACCCGACCCCCAGACAGGAGCCCCAGCAAAGCCCCGGCCGGCUAGGCCGCCAGGAAUGAGCCAGCAGCCCCCCGGGCAUCCACCUCCAGACCCCGAGCGCCACCAGUGCACCGGUGAGCCCCGACACCAGCCACCGGAGGGAGAGCAGGACGGGGGGAAUGGGCUCCGCACUAGUUGA